CCAUCUCCCCGUAAUGGCGCUGCUGCAGCGGUUGGCCUAUUCGUGGACGGCACUGGAGAGUGUUCUGCUGCAGGCGUUCGGGCUUCAGCAGCGACUAGAUGUCAUACCACAUCGACUGCGUCCUCUCAGGGUGGAGGAUAACUUGCUUCCUCUCUGGCGUGUGGAUUCUCGAGCGGUUGGAGCCACAAGCCGUUCUACAAGUGGAACAGCUGAUGCUCCUGCGUUGGCAAUACAAGUUCCAGUGGCCUUCCCUCAAUUUGACCCUGAUGCCUAUGAGAAUGACCAGGGUGACAACUCUGGCUUCUUGGAUAGUAUCUUCUUGAUGGCAGCACCAAAGAAGCGACGCACUAUUGAGGUUAACCGCUGCAGGAGAAGGAAUGUUCAGAAACUAGAGAAAGUUAAGAACAACAUAGAAGUUUGCCAAGAAUGUGGCUACUUGAAACUGAAGCACCAGCUAUGUGCCUUCUGCUACAAAAAGGUUGCGCAUGAAACAGCCCUUGUACGUGCACAGAUUAAGGUGCAGGAAAGAAGGCCACUUAACACACCUGCAGUAGAGACAGUUGUGCUUUACCAGGGGGAGAAAGCAACAGAGGCUGACAACGGGAAGAGGAUCAUUGAAAGAAACCUAAAGCGGCCAUCAUGGUUUACAGUAGGGUCAUGAGAUGGACACUGCAUAGGUGAACAACAUAGUGUUAAAAUAUUUUGUUUAAAAAUAAAACAUAAGGCAAAGUUAAACUGUGUCACUGAAAUUAGAAGCGAAGAGAUUGCUUGUUCACAUGGCAAGUUUUGUUUGAGGUACUUGGUCUGAUUUAAAGAAACUUGGAAUAAAUUUUGCUCC